AUGAAGGUUGGUUUUGUAAAUAAAUUGUUUUACUGUUUUCUGCCCGAAAACGUGGACCAAAUAUACGGCAAAGUUGUGGUCAGAUUUCAUAACAUGGAUAUAAUAAGUCUUUACGGCUCGGAAACACAUUUGAACACAUUCCUGACUCGGGAUCUGUUGGCGGAGAUGUCUUGGCUCAGGCAUCAGGUGCUGGCCAUCAAGAGUCCGGUGCUCUUCUCGCACAAUGACUUUAAUCGGACCAAUAUUUUGAUCCGUGAUUUAAAUCCGGAUAACAAUGAGUUGGAUAUCUAUUUUGUUGAUUUUGAUUUCAGUAGUUAUAACUACAGGGGCUGUGAUUUUGGCAAUUAUUUUAGCACUUGGGCUUCAGAUAGUGCCGAGUUUGGGGUCGACUCCCGGUUCCCUACGAAUUGCCAGAUGUGUCCCUUUAUUGAUGGCUAUAUACGGGAAAUGACAGCAAUUAAUGGCAACUCUUUUACACAAUUGGAGAUCAAUUCACGCCAAAGGCUUAUAAAGGAGGCGAAAAGAGAACAGUUAACGGUUCCGAUGACAGCACUGAACUAA